CGGGGCUACUUAAUUAAUUUUAAUAAAUAUUUCGUAAUAUCAUUAUGAAAUAUUAUCGUCAGAAAUGGCAGUAAUUAAUUAAUAUGUCACCCGCUCUGAGGAAAAGUGGGCGAAAUUAAUGAAGAUAAAAUAUUUAAGGAAAAAUCUCAAAUGCCAGUAAGUCAAAAUGAUAAAUACUGAGAUGUCCAAAGUUCCAUCAGGUUAUAUUUUACAAGCAUUCUACUUACUGGGACUAUUUCUAUCUAUUCAACCACAAUCAGCGUCCACGUUGAACGCGACAAACUAUAGCUUCGUAGAAUACAUACAGAAUUUCAAUCCAAGCAAAGUCUGGGAAAGAAUAGAAGUAAGGAAUAAACAAAAUGGACGAAACACAACCGUCAGAGAUGAAUUCGAAGAAAUACUUAAAUCGAUAGACCAAACAGACGUGCUGCUGCAACUAAAAGUUCAGGAUGGGAACCCAAAAAUCCUGAUCCAGAAAGACGGAAGACGGUGGAAACCACCGUUAAACUAUGAUCGAGGAAUUGUACCGGAUAUAUUUCACUUGCGAAGAAGAUACAUUGAGCUGAUGAAGCAGGCGAUCUACCAGACGCGAAACAAAAUGAUCGUGAUGCAGGAAUUAAGAGAGAAGUAUCGAGACGUAUCGGUGUACAAAAUGGGUUUUUUAAUGGCGAAAACGGAUCGCGCCUGUAAGAAGUUUUCAAACAUAGCGUACAAAGCCUUCAGGCUAUGCUCGCAGAUGAGACAGAGUGCUACAGAUGGAGUAUACUUCCAGGACAUGCUGGAAUUGGAGGAGCGAAUGCUGAAUUUGUGGAUGGAUAUAGAUCUGCUGGUACAUUUGGUGACUAUCAAUGACGAGAACUGUAGGAGGAUGCUGAACCAAGUCAUGACUAAUAGAAAGAAGGAAUGGAAGUUUGUCAAUUGAAUGUUAGAUAAUGA